UAACCUUGAUUUAGUCUUUCUUUCAUUCUGUCUCCAAGUCCCAUCAUCCUCUUCUAGUUCCGGUUUCUCAAGAUUUCAGGCUUGUUGACUUCAGCUUCUUUAACUAAGCAAUGGAUCAAGCAAGGUAUUGGAUGUGGACAAACAGGGGACAUGGUUUGAGUUCUCAUCUUGAAGCUUCAACAAAGGCUUUAUAUGGCGAUUCAUGGGAAGAGCAAGCUUUUGCAGAAGAUGCUGGAGGUUGUGUAUGGCCUCCAAGGUCUUAUAUUUGCAGCUUUUGUGGCAGAAAAUUUACAUCAGCUCAAGCUCUAGGAGGUCACAUGAAUGUCCACAGGAGGGAUAGAGCUAGGCUCAAGCAAUCAGCAUCUUCCCAAUAUGAAGUUCUUCAUCAUGAUCAUAACCCUAACCCUAAUUCCAAUCAUGGUACUUCGGUUUUUCCUUUCUCUGAUCUAUGGAAUGAACGAGAGAAGAGUCCGGGAAUUCCAGAAUCUGGAUGUAGUCUUGAAGAAGAUUAUGUUCGAACCAAUUUGUCUGCAUGCUUGAAUCUGAUUGUUAAACAAGAGAUUGGUUGCAAGAGAAAGAGAAGUGAUGAUACACCGAUAUUGCCAUUGUUUUCGAAUCUGAAUUCAAUUGAAAGACACCAGCUCCAACCCGUUGGGAUAUCUGAUCAGCUUAGUCCUAGCUCGGUUGAUGAUAUAGAUCUUGAGCUCCGGCUCGGUGACCGGCCCAAGGUAAGGUAGCUAGUUUGAUGAUAAGAUUAUACUUAAAUGGACUUAUAAUUCUGGCCAUUCUUAAAUCAUAUGUUGUUUGAAACCUCAUCUAUAUUUGAUAUUUUAACACCUAUUUGC